AUGGUUCGGUGGGUACUUCCGAUCCCUCUGCUCUUGUUAGCGACUCUUCAUGGGACUGGUGCGGCGCAAGGGAAUCACACGCCGGUGGAUCCGAGCCAGGAAUGCAUCCCGGCCGAUAAACAUCCGCAGUAGGUCACAAUAUCAUUGUAGUAAACAUAAGGAUAUUUACGGAAAAGUGAAAGCAUAAAGACAAAAACGGCCUUUGAAUUUUCUCGGCACACUUCUAAAUUCAAAUGUACUUCUAUUUUUCCCUUCUUUAAAAAUUUUCUCUGGCAGGCUGCGCCCCACAUGAAAUUCAAUUUUUGCGGUGUGUGCCCAGGAUUUAAACGAAUUUGGCGUUUUAAAUUAUAUAGCACGCCUGUAUGCGCUUUUAUUUCAAACUGCAGCCGAUUUUCCGCCACUUGUCUCCCUGCAGCCUGCGCCCUGAUAAAAUUCUUCUUUCGCAGUCUGCGCGCUGGAAACGCGGAUAGAUCUUUGAAAAGGCUUUUGAAUAUUUUCAGCACACUUCUAAGUACACAUUUAUUCCAUUUUCAACCCUUAUCUGCUAUUUUUCUUCGGCAGCCUGCGCCCUACAAAAAUUUUUCGUUUGCAGCUUGCGCCCUAAAAAACGGCUAGAUUUUAAACAGCACGUUGAAAUUUCGAUUUGAUUCUAUAAUUUAUUAUUUUUUUGACUAUUAUCGCUUCCGCAGGCUGCGCCCAACAAAAAAAGUAAAUAGCAGCUCGCGCCCUAUACUUUAGCGCAAAAUUGGGCAAUUUGGCAAUGUUUAUAUUUUCUGACGACUGUAUUGAAUAAUAAACCAUUUAAACAUAUUUUCAGCCGAAUUGGAAACCACGAAUGCACCGAAUUCAGCUUUCAAUUGCUCAUCUCCAAAGCGGAUAUGAACAAAACGGGGAUUCAGUUCAAUAUUUAUUCCAGACAAGUUCUCAUCGAUCGGAAUUUAACGUAUGUUAUCUUGGGCUGCUUUUGCCUUUGCUUAAUCAUAUAUAUAUAUUUUUUUAGCAUGGAAGUUUGGCUGGGGAGUUGUUUGGCGUUUGAAGUUCGCCGAGAACGGACCGAUGCCACAAGAUACAAGGUUGUGCAUCCCUGUAAGUCUUUUAAAAAGUGGGGUGAUAUAUUUUUGAACUUUUUGGGGGUUUCUUUCGAUUUUGGGCUUGUUUAAGGCAAUGUGUCGAAAUGGCGCAGUGGUUGUGAGUUAGAGUUGCAGUCGGAUGGUCGCGGGUUCGAAUCCCGGUGGACGAAAAUGGCUUUUCUUUAAAAAAUUUGGUUUUUUUUUUCUGACUCUGUAAAUAACAUAUUUAUAUGUUUUAAUGCCCAGAAUAUACUUAAAUUUAAAUAUUUUUUCUAUUUUUUCCUCAAUUUUUCAAAAAUUUUUUUUUCAGCUAUACACUCAUCGGAUUUUCUCUUCGAUGAUCAGCGCCUGCACAUUAAUAUUCAGCCGACUGUGAUCAGCAUGAAAGCGCCACGACUUCGAGUUAUCCACGAGAUGCGUUUGGACUGCCCUUUGCCUUUGCAUUUUGCUGGCGUUUAUAACGAUCAAACUUAUUAUCGAGUGCAUAUGGGCCUCCGGUUCAGCGCAACGCGAACCCCGGAGAUGAAUGUUAAUUUUGUAAGCGAUUUUUUUGAUUUUCAAAAAAAUUUUUUGAUUUUUUUCGAAUUGAAAAUUCCGUAUUUUAGCCCGAUUCGAUUCACAUUGGGCAUCCGCCAGAGGCACAGAAGGACUAUUACAAGCCCAGAGAGCACGAAAGCACCAAAGUCAACGAGAAAAGUUGGGUGUUGCCGGUGAUUUUUGUCGCUGGAGGGCUGUAAGUUUUCUAAAAUUCUGAUUUUUACUGUGGUUUUGAAAAAUUUAUAGUGACUUUUUAACCUUAUUAUAACUCCCUGAGGGCUUACGGUCAUUUUCCCGCCAUUUUGAGAAAAUGUGUCGAAAUGGCGCAGUGGGUUGCAAGUUGGUCUGAAAAUUUAAAGGUCGCGGGUUCGAGUCCCGGUGGAGGAAAAAGUUUUGGGAAUUGAUUUCAUAAUUAAUCUUGGUCAUGUUAGUGUCUAAAUGUUAUGUAACUGGCCGGAAUAGAGUUGAAAAUGGAGUUCUAUAGUCGUUUUUCCAGAUUUUCGCUUCUCUUGCUCUAAAUUACUGUAAAAUCGGCUAAAAUCGAGAAUUUUGAAUUACUUCGAGUGUGUAUUUGUUUGCUUUGUAAAUUAUUAAGCGAAGUGGUUCACUCAACGUACAUUACAUUCAUUUUCAGGCUGGUCAUGCUCUGUUGUGGCCUUGGAAUUGGGCUUUAUUGCAAGUUUGGGACUCGGUGGACGAUCCAAAGAAAAUCGAAGGACGCCGGGAAGUCAGAGUCAAAUCCAUCUUCUAAAGCCAGCAAAAGCUCCAAAGAAUCGGCCAAGGAGUCUUCGGAGAAAUCGAUCAAAUAA